UUUUGCAGACAUUCUCCCGUGCCCGCACUCUGAACAAAAUGGAGGCUAACUCGAGGCAGCCGGUCUUCUCGGGCCUGCGAAUGGCCGUGGUGGCGGCGGCGGCGCUCACGUUGCUGCUCUGUCAAUUUCCGGCGUGUUCAGCUGCCGGUGCUGCUGCGGCAUGCGAUUUCCCGUCCAUCUUCAACUUUGGAGACUCGAACUCCGACACGGGCGGACUGUCGGCAGCGUUUGGGCAGGCCCCCCCGCCGAACGGAGAGACGUACUUCCACCGGCCAUCCGGGCGGUACUGCGACGGCCGCUUGCUCAUCGAUUUCAUCGCGGAGGAUUUGAGACUGCCGCACCUGAGUGCGUAUUUGGACUCCGUUGGUUCAAAUUUCAGCCACGGAGCCAAUUUCGCCACGGCUGGAUCGACGAUCAGACCCCAAAGCGGAUAUAUUCCGAUCGCAUUGAAUGUUCAGCUUGUCGAGUUCUCCGACUUCCUCGCGAGGUCGCAAUAUUUUCGGUCUCAAGGAGGCGUGUUUACGAGAUUAUUGCCGCGAGAAGAGUACUUCUCCAGGGCUCUGUACAUGUUCGACAUCGGCCAAAACGACCUCACGGCCGGAUUGAAGCAGAACAUGACCAUCGGUCAGAUAAAGGCGUCCAUUCCCGAUGUGAUGGCUCAGUUCUCAGAUGCUAUAAAGAAAGUGUAUGCUGAAGGAGGAAGGUCAUUCUGGAUACACAACACCGGCCCGUUGGGGUGUUUGAUCUACAUGAUGGACCGGUUUCAUCUCGAAGCGCCAGAAGACCAGCAUGGCUGUUUAAGAACUCUCAAUGAGUUGGCUCAGUACUUCAAUGCCAGGUUGAAGGAAGCAGUGGAUUCACUCAGGACAGAACUUCCUCUAGCAGCAAUAACGUAUGUUGAUGUGUACUCUGUGAAGUACAAUCUCAUCACUCAAGCACGCCAACAUGGAUUUCAGCAACCUUUCAAAGCCUGCUGCGGUCAUGGUGGGAAGUACAACUUCAACAACAGUAGGAGGUGUGGAUUCAAGGUCACAGUCGAAGGCAAAGAGGUCGUAAUCGCAAGGUCGUGCAAAGAUCCAUCGGUCCGGGUCAGUUGGGACGGAAUACAUUUCACAGAAGCGGCAAACCGAUGGUUUUUUGAGCAAAUAGCCGAUGGCUCGUACUCAGACCCACCGGUCCGUCUGAACGCAGCGUGUCAUAGAAUGGGUCACCAAUCCAUGGUUUGACCUCUCGUUUUCAGAUGCAGGGAAGCUGUUUCGUUUUUUAACACUGUAUGGACGAGACAGACCAGUGACUAGGACACGGUCUAACUUCUUUAGCUAGUUGCUGCUUCUACUCUACAGCCACAGAUUUUGGUGUGCAUCUUCUGAAGUUGAAUAAAAGAUUUUAACCAAUCUUAAGGUAUAAUUUCUGGGGCA